AGUGUAGGGGGAUGCCCCCAAUGAGAGAGGGACAAACUAGCCUUUGUCCCCCAAAAAAGGAAGAAAGCCCAGAAGUUUCUCCCAACGAUCAGGUGAAAAGCCACCUUAUAGGACCUCAGAGACUUCACUAAAACCUUGGGGUCACCUAAUUGGAUGAGAGCCAAAAGAUCCCGCCUGGGCCAUCAGGUAGAAAAAGAGAAGACAAAAGAACUGCGAGGCUUUUGUGAAGGUGUUUUACCAGGAGCAGACCUCUGUACCUGGAUCGGAUUUUCUGUUUAUUGUUUUUCCUUUUAUUAAACAGUUUGGUUUCCAACACUGCAGCAGAAGCCAUCCUGCUCAUUAUUUGCCUCCAAAGGUAAUAGCUGAGCUAUCCUUUGUGUGUAUUAAGUUUUCUUUUAAAGGCUCAUAAAACCCUGGCCCGACGAAACAAAACUUAAUACGUGGCACCUGGACAGAAUUUCUCAUAUUGAGGAAGAUGGUCUAGGAAUUUUUGAUUACCUCAAUCAAAAUAGGACAAUUUUCCUUGGUAUUUGCGUUUUUGGGGAAGCAGGCCUGCACCUGAGUUUUUUGUCGCGUUAAAAAAGAAAACUCAGAAGAAGAGAUUUGGGGUUUAGAGGGAAUCCCAAAUCGAAGCCUCAUACCGGUGAAGAAGAGGCUAUAAUUCAGACGGGACGGGAGCAAACGACACACCCUCAGAGGAUACUGUGAAUCGGCUAAGCUGAAACUGUUGCACCCAGGACCCGGGAAAAAGUCUAUACCAAGAAGGACGACCAGAAGACUCGGUGAGUUUCACCAUGGGAAAUCGGUUGUCAGUAGCUGAGCAGGAAUUUUUUUCGUAUUUUAAUUAUAAGUUAGAAAUCCAAGAUAUUCAGUUUGACAAAAAACAGCUUAAAAAGCUUGUAAAAUGGGUCUUAAAAGAAUUCCCAAACUCAGACAUGUCUCAGAAACUCGAUCCAGACUUCUGGGAUUCAGUUGGACUGAAAUUAUAUAACACAGAAAAGAACAAGAAGUCCAACUUAAAGCUGCGUCCAAUAUUCAGGACGGUAUUGAAAUUUGUAAUAAUGGAAAAUGAAAAGCAAGCAAAGACCAGGGAGAGGGCAGAAUGCAAACAGGACAGAGAAGACAGGAGAAAGCGAAGUUCUGAGGGGACCCAAAAACCUUCCUUUAUCCCAGCCGAGAAACCCCGGUGGAGAGGCCGGGAGGCAGCCAGGCCAGCUGCCCCCCCGCCUGCCCCACCGACCCCAUCCCGAGACAGGGGGGAGCAGACCAGCCCUGGCCAGGCUUGUCUGCAAAACCCGUCUUCCAAAAACCCUACCAGAGCAAAGUCCUCUCUAUCUCCUCUCAAAACCUUGCUUUGGCGUUCAAAAUCGGUGAAUUUUGACAGUAAAACUGGAAAAAGCCGAGCCGAUAGAAUCCAGUCUGAGAACAAUAGAGCACGUGGCAAUCGCCAUUAUAGCCCCGAGCCCAGCUCUGUCCUUCGUGGGCGUGGCUCGCCAUCCUCGUCGGACUCCCAGGAGUCCCUGGGUGGCUGCUCCCUGAGCUCCUGUCCAUCGGAGCAGGGACGCACCCCUUUUGUAGGCGGUGCCCGGUCGGUGUCCCUGCCCCUGCUCCCCGCCCACAGCCCGGGACAACACACCCCCUCUCUGCCGAGCGUGGGAACCGGAAGUGAUGCGCCGGAACUGACCCUGUCCAAAAUGGCGGCGCCCAUGUCCGAUAACUUACCGGAACAAAAAACAAACUAUUCCUAUGCUCCACAAUGUAAUUUCAAACAAUCUAAGGAAGAGUUUAACACACAGGGAGUCACAGAUACCUGGCAGAGGAUAAGAAAGGAUGCAGUUCAGGAAGGAGAGUGGGAAAUUGCAUCGAAAUUGAAGGUUUUUCCUGUGAAAUACACUGCAGGUCCGGGACCCAAGGCUACAUGGCAACAAAUUAACUUUGCUGAGUUAAAAGAGAUUUGCAAAUCCUCUCGUCUGUAUGGUAGAGAUUCUGCCUAUUUCAGAAGCCUAUUACAGGCCACCUUCACAGCAAACAUAUUCACUCCACAUGAUCUAAAACAGCUUUGCACAUCCCUGCUAUCUCCAACAGAAUUUUCUCUGUGGGAACUAGCAUGGAAACGUUUGUUAAACGACCUUUUAAGAGGUUAUGCAGGAACUCCAGCUACUGCAAAUUUGACUAUAGAUCAGCUCUCAGGUGAAGGAGCUCAUACAGAUCCUCAAAUACAAGCCCGAACUCUUAGUAGACAAGUAUUGCAGGAUGUCAAAGAAGCAGCAAAAACAGCUUUGUUACAGGUCCCUGAUGGCAACAAGCCAGAACUAGAUUUCACAGAAAUAAAACAGGGCAUAGAUGAGCCUUAUAUUAAGUUUUUGGACCGUUUAAAAAUGGCAUUAGAAAAGCAGAUUCCAAUAGAUCGAGCCAGACAAGAGUUAUUAAAACGGCUUGCAAUUUCUAAUGCAAACCCAACCUGUAAAAAGGCAUUACGUACAUUACCACAGGAUCCUGAGCCCACCCUGACACAGCUAGUAGAUGCUUGCAACCGCCUGAGCACCCCUGAGCAUGCAGCAGCCAUGCAGGCAGAAGUAUUGGCCAGUGCCAUCACAACAGCUCAAGAAAACACCCUAAAGCAGCAGGAAAAAGCAGUAGAAAAGCAAACACAAACCCUAGCAGAAGCUUUAAUAGCAUUCAAAGGUGCAAUUGAGAACCAACAAAUUCCAAGGGACUCGUGCCAUUCGUGUGGUCAGAGAGGUCAUUUUAAAAGGGGAUGUCCUAGGACCCGCAGAAGGCCAUUGCCAAGAAACAGUGGAUGCAGAGGUUUCUGUCACAAUACUAACAGCUUUUACCCAGCACAGGGUUUUUCGUACCAUCUGCCGGGAAACGUGCAGUCCAGCACGGGGCAGUGGCGUGCAAUGAUACAAAAACCACUGCACCAGAGGCCAGAGACCACCACAGGCCACCAAGUUCAGAACUGCAACACAUCCUUGCAGGACUUCCGACCACAAUGUCCCCAGAGUCACAGAACAACACAGCUGUCAUCGCUUGGACCAGGCACAUCAGCCGCGGGCGGCCUCAGCUCACCUGUGUCCUGAAGCACCUCGGGCAAGCCAUCACCCUCACUGGCCUGAUAGAUACCGGAGCAGACGUCACUCUGAUAUCGAGAUCGAAAUGGCCACAGGACUGGACCGUCGUGCCUACGCUGGAUCAGCUGGCAGGUAUUGGUGGUCACUGUGAGAGCUUUCGAAGCUCGCACGCAGUCACAUUUGAGGGGCCUGAAGGUCGUGUUGCCACCACAAGACCAUUCAUUGUAGGAGCUGAUAUAGUUCUUUGGGGACGGGACAUUUUAUCACAAUGGCAUCUCAGGUUAGAAACUGGAUUUUAACAAGAUAUCUUAGUAGCAGCAAAGGACCAAGCAUCAAUGCAGGAGACAACAGAUCAGGUCAUCUCAGCAGUAGAGAAAGCAGGACUCACUGUAGCAAAAGAAAAAAUACAGACACUUCCUCCCUGGAAAUAUUUAGGAUACAGGAUCACAGAACAAACGGUAACUCCGCAACCACUCCAGCUAAGGACAAAUCCAAAAACCUUGAAUGAAGUGCAGCAGCUUGUAGGCACUCUGAACUGGCUUCGUCCACUACUAGGCCUUUCAAAUCAGGACUUGGCUCCUCUGGCAGAUUUGUUAAGAGGAGACACAGCCUUAAACUCACCGCGAGAAUUCAACAAAGAAGCUCAAAAUGCUUUAGAGAAAGUGAUGAGAGCCAUCCAGUCACGUCAGGCUCAUCGGUAUAAUCCUAACCUGUCUUUUUUGUUUGCAGUUUUAGGGGAGAGUCCACAACUUCAUGGUUUGAUAUUCCAGUGGGAUCUAGAGAAGAAGGACCAUCUGAUAAUCUUAGAGUGGGUUUUCCUAUCGCGUCAAUUGGGUAAAACUAUAACAACUUGCCCUGAAAUUAUUUCACAAUUGAUUAUCAAGGCUAGAUCUCGAAUGCUUUCCCUUGCAGGAAGAGAUUUUGCAGAAAUCUUUCUGCCUGUCACAACCAUCUACUUAGAAUGGUUAAUUCAAAAUUCAGAAGUUAUGCAAUUUGCUUUGGAAAAUUUUGCAGGAAAAAUUUCAGUCAAUUGUCCCAAACAUGAGCUAUUAAGUUCAUCUUUAAAAUUAAUUCAUAAGCCUUUAAGAAGUAAUAUACCCCUUGAGGCAAUCACAUUUUUUACAGACGGUUCUGGGAAGUCUAAAAAAUCUGUGAUUGCUUGGCAAAAUUCAGAGACAAAAAAAUGGGAAUCAGAUAUUGAGGAAGUAGAUGGUUCUGCACAGAUUACAGAGUUGGCAGCAGUUGUACGGGUCUUUUCAAAAUUCACAUUUCCUUUUAAUUUAGUAACAGAUUCAAUUUACGUUGCAGGUGUGGUAGAAAGAGCAGAAGGAUCUCUGCUAAAAGAAGUUGCUAAUGAUCAGUUAUAUAGUUUGCUCAAACAGUUAAUCUUACUUCUUUCCAUUCGACAAGAACCUUACUUUGUAAUGCACAUUCGCUCACAUUCUUCUCUUCCAGGUUUCUUAGCAGAGGGAAAUGCCAUGGCUGAUUUGUUAGCCAUGCCAAUCCAGCACACACUUCCUAAUGUUAUUGAACAAGCAAGAAUGAGCCAUGCUUUCUAUCACCAAAAUGCACCUGCUUUAGUAAGAAUGUUUAACAUCUCUCAGAAUCAGGCAAAAGCAAUUGUUCAGUCAUGUCCAGAUUGCCAGAAAUUAGCUAUACCAGCAAUAGCAACAGGAGUUAACCCUCGAGGCUUAAAUAGCCUGCAGAUAUGGCAAACGGACAUCACUCAAUAUCAGUCAUUUGCAAGGUUCAAACAUAUACAUGUAUCAAUAGAUACCUUCUCAGGAGCAAUUUUUGCUUCUGCACAUCAAGGAGAAAAAAGUAGAGAUGUGAUUAAACAUUUCUUACAAGCAUUUGCAUCCCUAGGUAUUCCUCAAGAAGUCAAAACUGACAACGGACCAGCCUACAUUUCUAAUAAAUUGCAAGAGUUUUUCAAAACUUGGGGUAUCAAACAUACCACAGGUAUUCCACAUUCUUCCACAGGCCAGUCUAUUGUAGAAAGAGCACACAGGUCAUUGAAAAUGAUACUAGAAAGACAGAAAGGGGGGACAGAAGUGCUUUCUACAAUAGAGAGGCUGAAUAAAGUUGUAUAUGUUUUUAACUUCUUAAACAAUUCCUUUAUGGAGCAGGUACCACCAAUUUUCAGGCAUUUCAGCAAUACCAGUCAGGCAAAGCUCAAGGAAAGACCACCAGUCUUCAUCAAGGAUCCAGAGACAGGACAGAUUUCAGGACCCCAUCCUCUUGUAACAUGGGGCCGGGGGUUUGCAUGCAUUUCUACAAACACAGGUCUUCGAUGGAUCCCUGCAAAGAAUGUCAAGCCACAAGUGCAACCGAUCCGAGAGCAGCAGACGACACCAGAAAAAGAAUGCACAAACAACUGAGCCACGGAUAGAAGCAAAGACUGUUUUCUAAGUUUGCAUUAGUUAAAAUUGUUUACAAGAAAGUUUUGCACUGAAAAAGUUUUGUAGUUAUUGUUGUGAUAAAAAAGUUGUUAAACCUACCUCUAUGUAAAAGUCACACAUAUAACCAGAAAUUUGAAGCCUACCGGGAAAAACACUUCACCAAAGUUAAGAUAGAGAAUUGGCAAAAAAAAAAAAAAUUAUUGGCAUUCUAAUCUAUACUCCUUUCUCCUCUUUCUUUCUAAAUGUAUAGUAAAGGGUGAGAUGAAGGAGUGUAGGGGGAUGCCCCCAAUGAGAGAGGGACAAACUAGCCUUUGUCCCCCAAAAAAGGAAGAAAGCCCAGAAGUUUCUCCCAACGAUCAGGUGAAAAGCCACCUUAUAGGACCUCAGAGACUUCACUAAAACCUUGGGGUCACCUAAUUGGAUGAGAGCCAAAAGAUCCCGCCUGGGCCAUCAGGUAGAAAAAGAGAAGACAAAAAAACUGCGAGGCUUUUGUGAAGGUGUUUUACCAGGAGCAGACCUCUGUACCUGGAUCGGAUUUUCUGUUUAUUGUUUUUCCUUUUAUUAAACAGUUUGGUUUCCAACACUGCA